AUGAGCACCGCGCAAAGGAUUUGUGAUCGAAACAAAGGUUUCCAGCAAUCAAUAGAUCCAGAACUCCUCCAAAUCAAGCGAGAAGAGCAUCACAUUGAGCUUCGUCGCAAUAAGCGUUUCGAGCUCAGCAAGAAAAGGCGCUUCGCUUCUUCCCAAACUCCCACCCUUUCAUUUUCCUCCGAUUUCAGCUCAUUCCGUCCUUAUCUUCAAAAUCUCAUUUCAAAUAAGCGAAUAAUCCUUGAAUCCUGCAUCGAAAUUCUAAAAAAUAAUAACCAGCCAAGCAUUAUCAAAGAAGCCCUUUAUAUUACUCGGAAACUAUUAGAAUCGAUCUCUGAAGACUCAGACCUCGACAUUUAUGUGGAAUUAAACUACAUCCCAGUGUUUAUACAUUAUUUAAGCCAAGAUUAUCCUAAAGAAAUUCAGUUUGAAGCUUCCUUUGCCUUGUGUUCAUUUGCUACUUUUGAUCAUAAUUAUGUGGAAAUGCUGGUAAAGAAUGGAGCAAUUAGAGAAUGCCAACUUGCGAUCAGUAGAGACUAUGAUGAAAUCGCUGAAAAUUGUAUAUGAUGUAUAGGAAAUAUUGCUGGGGAUAAUGAAAAAUAUAGAGAGAUUAUUAUUUCUGAAGGAAUUUUUGAUUUUUUGAUGGAUGCGCUACAAAAUAUUAGUGUACAAAAUAACAAAAGCCCAUUGGUGAAUGUCUUGGUAUGGGUGCUUACUACCCCUCCAUGGGCGAGCCAAAAAUUUGUUUUUCGCUCACGGAGAGAGUUUAAUUUUUUUAUUUCAUUAUAUUAAUUUUAUUAAAAAAAAAUUUUUUUCGAUUUAAAAAAUCACAAUUCGCAAAAAUUGAAAGCAAAUAUUAUUUAAUUUGUAGAAUUUAUGCUGUAAAAUGCUUGUUUUUUAAAUUAGAUAGAAUUCGCUAGAGAUUCAUUAUACUAACAAUUACUUAUAAAUCAAAAUAUUUUCAUAGAAAAUUUUUAUAUUAAAAUAAUUAUUUGUCCGCUCACAGAAGGUGGUAUCAGGCAAAAAUCGAGAUUUUUUUCAAUGGUUUUAUUCGCUCACAGAGGUGCUGAGUUAGCAAUAUUUCUAGAAGUGCAAAUAAAAUCCCUGAUUUGACUAUGAGAAAAUUGUUGAAUAUAGUUAGACCUUGUUUAGAUUUGGAAGAUAAUGAUAUAAUAGCAUCAGUAUUCUGGAUUUUAAAUUAUUCUACACAAGGUGAUUCAUAUUGUAUAGAAAGAAUUCUGGAAGCUAAAUACGCUCCUAUUAUAAUUAAUUAUUGUGAUUCCCAUGAUUAUUCUAUUGCACUUCCUGCGCUAAAAACCCUUGGAAAUAUUUCUAGUGGAAAUAAUGCUCAGACUGAGCUUAUGCUAAAUUUAAAUGCCUUAGAAAAGCUUCUCAAUCAUAUUAGAUCAAGCCAAGCUGUUAUUAGAAAAGAAGUGUACUGGGCUCUAAGCAACUUUGUAGGAGGGUCUUCUGCACAUGUAGAAAGAGUCGCUCAGCAUUUAGUGAUCCCGCUAGCAAUGAAAGGUCUUACAGAUGAAGAUCAUGGCGUUAGAGUAGAAGCUGGCUGGGUUUUCAGUAAUUUCGGUAUUAGAGGAAGUCCAGAGUGCACUAUUAGUCUCAUAAAAAAUGGGUUUCUAAAUUAUUUACAACAAGCUCUUGAUAAAGAGACCGACCCAAAUACUUUGAAAAAUUUAUUAGUGAUUACAAAAAGAAUAUUAGAGGCUGCAUCGAUUAAACCGCAGGAAGAGAAAAAAGAAAACAAUAUUUGUCUCAAGCUAUUUGAAAGCUCAGGAUGCUUACCACCCCUUCUCCGGGGCGAACAAAAUUUUUUAAAAAAAAACUAUUUUGAUAUAUAAUUGAUGAUUAAUAUAAUGAAAUCUCUAAGCAGCUUGGAUUUUUAAAACAUGAAUUUUACAAAUUAAAUUAAUUUUAAUUCUCAAUUUUUACGAAUUGGAUUUUUUUAAAAUUUAUAUAUAAAUUUUUCAAAAAAAAUAAAUUAACCUCAUGAGCGAUAAAAUUUUUUGUUCACUCACGGGGGAGUUAGCAGCUUUGCAUAAACAGCUAGAUCAUGGCAACAGCUUUGUGAAUGAGUUUGCUUUAAAGCUAUUAAAAGAAUUUUUUGAUUAUGAGGAGCCGGAGGAAGAACUUGAUAUUGAAAAUGCAAAAAUCACAAAAUUUGAGUUUUCAUAA